UUGCAGAGGUCAUGUGACUCCAAAUACAAAGGGGGCCAGUCUUUCCAGCUGCAUCACACUUAUCUAACGGUGUUCAGGAGGAAGAAUUGUUUCAAAACAAACUCACACUGUUGAUAGUGUUAAGAUAAGACGAGGGGAUAAUUAACUGUGUAUUUAGUCAAAAAUCCACCCAGCUCGAACCCCCCCUGCCCUCAUCUAUUGGCUGCUGGUGGGGGGUGGAGGUUGUGGCUCGUAAACUAUGAAGCCUUGCUGGCGUGAUAUCUCAGGGGCCCACCUGUAUAAAAGGUGCCAACAGGUGCUCUCCCUCCAGAAUAAACAUCAGGCUGAUCAAGGAUGUGGAUGCUCUUCGUCUUAGGUGCCUUGCUGGGGGCGGUGGGCUCAGAGGAGACGCCCACUACUGGGAGCUCUCAGCAGCUUCAAGCCCUCCACUGCCCACCCUGCGAGAGGAUCCACUGCUCCUCCAGGAGGGUGCUGAAGCUCCGGUGUAAAGGCGGCAUCACGACGGGCGUCUGCGGCUGCUGCCCAGUGUGCGCUAGGACCGAGGGGGAGACCUGCGGAGGAACCUGGGACUAUCUGGGGAAGUGUGAUGAGGGGCUGGUGUGUGUCCAUCAGGACUCAGCAGAUGACAAACCAGAUGCAGAGCGCAGAGGGAUCUGCAAAGCGGGUGAGAUUAGAGUUUACACCCUCAAUUAAAAACAAACAGGAGGUGUGCACCGGAUGACAUCUUAUCACUGAUGAGCAUGAUGCA